UCUCUCUCUCUCUCUCUACAAAGACAGCAGUCAACCAGAAAGGAAGAGAGAGAGAGAGAGAGAAAGAAAUAACCCCACCAUCAAUUUACUUCCACUUGUUCAGUUGGCUCAAAAGACUUUGCAACAAAACAACUUGAUCUUCACUCUCUCUCUCUCUCUCCUCUCUUUCUCUCUCUAACUUGCCUUACCUUCAUCAAUUUGGCAAUCUGAUUAUUAUGUUUCGAUUGCCAAUCAAUUUUUCUUGAAAAAAAAAACAAAAAAACUCCAUCUUGAAAAAAAAGAAUGGAAUUUAUGGAGCCAAAUAACAAAAACCAAGGAGGAGGAGGCAAUAGUAGUAACUCCGACCACCACCAUGAACACCACCAACACCACCAACAACACCACCAUCACCACCACAACCAAAGUCAAACUGAACCCGGUUCUGGGUCCGGUCCAACCCCACUCCAUGGUCCAUUCAUGGGCUCCAUCUCCAUGCAACAAUCAAGAAACCUAGCCCACUCCUCUUCCUCCUCCAUCUCCACCACCACUACAACCACCGCCACCGCCGCCGCCGCCGUCACCUCCACAGCAAUCACGAUCGCGAAUAGUAAUAACAGCAACGAAAACAGCAACAACGAUUCCGCCGCGAAGAAACCUGUGAUCAAGAAACCGUCCAAGGACCGACACACGAAGGUCGACGGCCGUGGGCGGCGCAUCCGUAUGCCGGCCUUGUGCGCCGCCAGGGUUUUCCAGCUGACUAGAGAAUUGGGCCACAAAUCCGACGGCGAGACGAUAGAGUGGCUUCUGCACCAAGCCGAGCCGGCUAUUAUAGCAGCCACCGGCACGGGGACUAUCCCGGCGAACUUCUCCACACUCAACGUGUCUCUACGCAGCAGCGGCACGACCAUCUCAGCUCCGCCGUCGAAAUCCGCGCCGCUCUUCCUCGGCGGCGCCACCGGCAUGCUGGGCUUCCACCACCAGCUCGCCUCGAACGUCCAUUACGGCCAAGACCCAGAUGACAGCUACAUGAAGAAACGCUACAGAGAAGAUACAAGCGGAGCAACGUCGCCUAAACAGGGAAGAACCGGCGGCGGCGGCCACGACCAAGAACCGGGAUCUGAAACCAAACCCGGCUCAGCUCAGACUUCAAAUUUCAUCCCGGCUCAGGCCAUGUGGGCGGUGACUCCGGCAGCCGCCAACGUCGGAAACGCCUUCUGGAUGAUGCCGGUGACCGGAAGCGCAGGCACGGCGACGGUGGGGCAGCAAGAGUGGCCGUACAAGGCGUCUUCGAUGCAGAGAAUUGGAGGGUUCGAGUUUCCCGGAGUGGGACGGUUCAACCCGGUUCAACUCGGGUCGAUGGUCUUGCAGCAGCAGCAGCAGCAGCCGGUUCAGCAUCAUCUCGGCUUAGGUGUUACAGAAACUAAUAUGGGAAUGUUGGCCUCUAUCAAUGCUUACAAUAGCAGCAAUAAUAAUAAUAAUAACAACAACAACAAUAAUAAUAAUAACAAUAGCAGAAUCGAUUUGGGGAUGAAUUUGGAGCACCACCACCAGCACCACCAGCAACACCACCAGCACCACCAGCAAAAUCAGCCGCAGCAAAGCGACAGCGAAGACGAAAACCCGAAAGAUUCGCAAUGAUAUAUGAGAUCAAAACCCCCAUUUGAAUAUUUUCAAAUUUGCAGAACUUCUUUUCUUAUAUUUUUUUCUUUUUGAAUCUUAUUGCUCAAUGAUUUCAGAGUUGUUGGUCUUUUUCAACUGUCAUUGUUAUUAUUCAUGGUUCUUGAAUUAGGGCAUUUUCAUUUCUUCAAGUAGGAAGUAUGUGUGGCUUUAUGUGUGAAUAUUGUAGUAAUUUUUUAUCCAUUUUUUUUAGCAGAAAAAUUCAGUGCAAAAUCCAAGUCUUGAAAAA